CCCUGGCUCUGGUCGCAAUGCCGGAGCUGCAGUGAGACCGGAACUGGGAUCACAACAUGAAUCUCAGGGGCCUCUUCCAGGACUUCAACCCCAGCAAAUUCCUUAUUUAUGCCUGUUUGUUGCUGUUUUCUGUUCUUCUGUCUCUGCGGCUGGACGGUAUUAUUCAAUGGAGUUACUGGGCAGUGUUUACGCCAAUAUGGCUUUGGAAACUAAUGGUUAUUGUUGGAGCCUCGGUGGGUACUGGCGUUUGGGCAAAGAACCCGCAAUACAGGGCAGAAGGCGAAACCUGUGUGGAAUUUAAAGCCAUGCUCAUUGCAGUGGGCAUUCACUUACUGCUCCUUAUGUUUGAAGUUUUAGUCUGUGAUCGAAUUGAAAGAGGAAACCACUAUUUCUGGCUCUUGGUUUUCAUGCCAUUAUUCUUUGUGUCACCUGUGUCAGUGGCUGCGUGUGUAUGGGGAUUCAGGCAUGACAGGUCUUUGGAACUGGAGAUCUUGUGUUCUGUUAAUAUUUUACAAUUUAUAUUCAUUGCACUAAGACUUGACAGCAUUAUCACGUGGCCUUGGCUGGUCGUCUGUGUCCCUCUCUGGAUUUUGAUGUCCUUUUUGUGCCUAGUCGUUCUAUAUUACAUUGUAUGGUCUGUCCUGUUCUUGCGCUCCAUGGAUGUUAUAGCAGAACAGAGGAGAACACAUAUCACUAUGGCAGUCAGCUGGAUGGCCAUAGUUGUUCCAUUGUUGACUUUUGAGAUUUUACUUGUUCACCGAUUGGAUGGGCAUAAUUUAUUCUCAUAUAUUCCUAUAUUUGUACCCUUGUGGCUUUCUUUAAUAACUCUAAUGGCAACCACCUUCGGUCAGAAAGGAGGGAAUCACUGGUGGUUUGGAAUCCGUAAAGACUUUUGUCAGUUCCUACUAGAGAUUUUUCCUUUCCUUCGAGAAUAUGGCAAUAUCUCUUACGAUAUACACCACGAGGACAGCGAAGAUGCAGAAGAGACACCUAUUCCAGAACCACCGAAGAUAGCUCCAAUGUUUCGUAAAAAGACUGGUGUGGUUAUCACGCAAAGUCCAGGCAAAUAUGUAGUACCACCUCCAAAACUAAAUAUAGACAUGCCUGAUUAAGGUGAAUUGAUAUGGUAUGCAGGGGUUCAUCAAUGACAUCCUUCUGUAGGUACAUGCACACAUGCUGUGGACUGAAGGGAAAAGCAGCUUUUGGCUGCAUAGUGUAACUGUAAACGCUACUGACCUCAUUUUUAUUUUGGAGGGGGGGUGGGUUUUUGUUUUUUUAUAUACAGUCUAACUGACUUUUACAUUUGUGUAUGUAAAGUUCCAAACCCUUAUAAAUUCUGGUGUCACUUUGUCAGUUGGAGACUCCUCUAGGGUCCAUUUCACUCUUAGUCUCCCUGAAAUCUGAAUUAUUAUUCUUAUUUGAAUGAAAUCUUUCUUAAUGCUAUUUUUUUUUUCACAUGUUCCCUCUAUUUUUAUUUUUUUAUUUUAUUUUUUCUGUUACGCAGAGCAGAUAUUGUACAUUUCGAAGACAACUUGUGCAGUGAUCCUUCAUGCUCGAACGCAUAUUUUGCAUCUUACCACUAGAAAAAAAUGUUUUUUUUUCUGUUUGAAAAUCAAAUGCAUUAACUUGAAAAAAAAGUAGUAUUUAAGGAAGAGGCCUUGUAUUCUUUUAAACAUGGAACGUAUCUCGUAUAUAUGGAUUUUUCUUUAGGUUAGGGAUAGGCAAUUUCUUUCCCUGUGUGCUGUAAUUGGUUUGUUUUAAGCUUCAAUCUUUCUCAAAACAGUUGAAUCCUUCAUUUACUGCAUGCUUAUUCUGUAUGCAAUGAGAAAUAUACUUAAAAUCUGCCCUAUCAGCAACACCUAAAGAACAUCCUGUCGAAGGUAUCGAUCCAUUCAUCGAUGUAUAGUAUUUAUAAGAGCAUUUUAGCUAUGUAAUAUAUUGUUUAAAAUUAUCCUUCUGUACAGUAUAAAUUGAAAAUACAAUGUAUUUUUUUAAGUAAGCCGUGUUUGUAAAAAGAAAAUGCAUAUAUGUAUUGAAUGUCAAUUUACAUUUUAAAAGCUACAUAAAAAUAUGUAAACAUCAAAAAAUGCCAGUACUUUUUUUGUUUUGUUUUUUUGUUCCUUAUUUUCACACGGAUUUAAAAUCACCUUUUCAUGUCAAAUAUGCUAUAAGUCAUUGAGUUGAAUAUUAAUAACUUAUUAGGCUAUGAAAAUAUGUUGCUUUCUAGUUCUACAUGAUAACAGGAGAUGUAACUACUGUGUGUUCAGUAAAUUCUUUUGAUGUCUAAAAA